AUGCCUGUUCUGACAAGCUCAGGGUGCGGCAAGCUGGAGGCUGCCGUGGCCAAGGCGGAGCAGCAAGGCGAGGCGGCCCUUAAUGAUGCCCGUUGCAAGCUGGCAGGGCUGGAGGAGGCCCUGCAGAAGGCCAAGCAGGACAUGGCCUGCCUGCUCAAGGAGUUCCAGGAGGUGAUGAACUCCAAGCUGGGCCUGGACGUGGAGAUCUCCACUUAUCGCAAACUGCUGGAGGGCGAGGAGAGCCGGGUGUGGGAAGGCACGGGCUCCAUCAAUAUCUGUGUGAACCGUUCCCAGGGUGGCAUGGUCUGCGGGGACCUCGGUUCCACCGUCCCUCGUGGCCUGGGAGGCAUGGCCAUCGGCAGCAGUGCUCUCUGCUCCCCCUCUGUAGUGGGGGCCUGUUCCAGUGUGAGAUCUAUGCGGUUUGCGUAA